ACGUUAUCUCUAAUUCGAAAGCGAUUCUUCGUUCACUCUCAUAGUUCAAAUUUAAAGGAAGUUGCUGUAACCUUGGCUGGCACGAUGAUCGCUCUUCUCUUAUUGUGUUUGUUCGGAUUUGUUAAAUCGGACUGCAACGAAGAGAUGGACAACUUGAUAACAAAUAUUACAAACGAUGAUGAGAUAAGACGAGAAUUUCAACCAGCCGAUUUAGGAACGUACUGGGAUGAAAAUACGGGUACUUCUGUUUGGGAUAUAAAGUUGUAUGGAUUAUUAUUUUCUCUUAAAAGACACGGAGAAUGUGAAUUGAAUUUUGAUGACAACGAUAUUUCUGUUAAAUCUGGGUUAAUUGCUUAUCGUUUGGAUAUUCACUCGUCUUACCAAUGUAAUAUUAUUCUUUUCAAUAUUUUAAACGUAAUCAUUUCUGGGAAGAUUCAUAUAAAAAUUGGAAGAGUGGAAUCCAAAAUGACACUUUUAGUUGAGUUGCCUUUUGAAGAAAGCGAACUAAAAUCAUUUAAUAUUACUAGAAUCGAAGAUUUUAAAGUGGUUUCCUUAACUGGGUUUACGUAUCUGUUUAACUGGCUUGCAAAAUACAUAUUUGAAGUAAAAAUAAAGUCAAUGUUUCCGCAUAUAUUGCAUAGUUUACAAGAGAAAAUAAAAAAACUCGUUAAUGACAACAUGGAAAAAUUUUCUAAACAUUUUGUUCUUUAGAAAUAGAUUUUAUGUAAGGUAAAACAUCAAAA